AAAAGUAUAAAUCCCAAAGAGGUGUGCGAUCAAAGUUCCUUUUCGGUUGAUGAUUUGGGAUCGAUUGUGAAAUGGAUAUCAGUGGUGCUUUGCUGUGGCUGCUGCUGUUCCUUGGUCUGGGAUUAGUUUUGAACGAAGCCAGCGUUGAAGGUGGCUGUUUGGAUUUGGCUACUUGCUGUAAGGGCAGAAAUAACCAGUGUAACACCACUGGCUGGCGUCCUGAUCGCUACCAUGGAACCUGUUACUGCGAUGAAGCUUGCAGACACACUCUGGAUUGCUGUCAGGAUUAUGAACAGGCAUGCCCAGCCACCCCUUGCAAAGUGACUGACUGGAGCUCCUGGAGUGGCUGCGCAGAGCAAUGCAAGAGGACCUACAGGGCUCGGCGUCGCUCUGUCACUCAAGAGGCGCAGAACGGUGGUGAGGCAUGUCCACCCCUGGAGGAAAGAGCAGGCUGUGUGGACUAUCUCAGCACCGAGGGCACAGCAUGCAGGCAAUCCCUUGUCCCUGCAUUAAUUACCACAGGGGGGUAUGGGAAAGCUCAGAAAAAGCGAGAUAUAUUCAGUGACUACAAGGAGCCAGGGUACUGUGUGGAAUUCCAAAUCAAAUCGUUGACUCAGAACUGCUUGACACAGAAUCGUCCCCACACUUGGUGGAUGCAAUAUCUUCGAGAAGGCUUCACCAUCUGUGUUGAAUGUCAGCUUCCUGCACUGAACUCUGGCAUCCAGCGCUGUUCUGGAGAUGGGAUUGAGGCUAAAAGGAAUCAGCUUCUUCAGUGGCAAGCAGUCGGUAGUCCUCAUUGUAAAGGAACGUGGAAGUGGAUCCGACAGAUCAAAUCAUGUUCAUGUCCUUCAGUCCACAGCUUCGUAUUUAUUUGAAGUAAAUUUGUUUCACUCCAGAACAUUUGCACAUCACUGCUCUCUGCUGGCUUAUGGCUCCUCCAGAAACCUGUGUUGGACUAAUGCUCUUUGGUGCAAUUUCCAAGUACAUCGAAUCAUAGAAUUAUUCAGCACAGAAGGAGGCCAUUCGGCCCAUCGUGUCUGUGCUGGCUCUUUGAGAAGAGCUUCCAAAUAAACCCCACUAGCCCUGUAAACUUGAACUCCCCAAAUAAUUAUCUAAUACCCAGUUUCCUGCCAUCUUUCUGAAAUGCUUUAACUUCUCCAUUAUUUCUAAACAAAGGCAAAUGAUACAUUAAGCUUAUCUCUUGGGAGCAGGGUGUCCCUUGUAUUUGCUAUAGUGCCUUUCCCGUCUGGAGGACGUCUCAAAGUGCAUCACAGGAUUUACUGUAAAGUGUAGUGACUGUGUUUUAUAGGCAAACAUAUAUAAACAUUGCAUUGGUCAAGGGGGGCCAUCGGGACUCAAAGCACCCGUGCUACAAUUUAUACGCUGACGUCUUGUAACCAUUAUCUUUUAAAAUGAAUUUACAGCAGAUUUUGUUGUCUCACCCUGAAAAAUAAAUUAUGUCAUGUGCUUAGAGACACCCUCUGCAGCUUUAAUAGAAAUCUGUGGGGAAGUGGAGCUCACUAAAUCUGCCUUUGUGCAAAUAAGCACUUUCCUGCCAACUUGCUUAUAGAUCAGCAUGGGAUGUGACUGCACAGGAGGUCAUGCCUCAUUUCACUUCUCUCAAGUGUCAGCUUUUUGACAGUAAAAGUGAAUAACGAUAGUGUGGAGAAGCUCAUUCAGAUAAGCCAGCUGGACGCUCUGAAAUAUCUGAUCAGAUAAAUAGACUUUGGUUCAGGUUAAACCCACUGGUGAGAGGAGUAGGGAAUGAGGAAAUGACUGAGGCAAUUUUAAUGCCCUUUAAAAUGUGUUUUAACGUGUAAUUGUUUAAAAACUUUUCAGAGCACAAUCUGUCAUUAUGUCUAGGAAAGAUUAAACCUGCUAAUUAAGAUG